AUGGGAACAAAGUUUAGAGCGGCAGUUAUCACUCUGUUUCUUUCAUCCCUCCUUCUUCAGCUGGUGUUUUCUGAAUCCAAAGAUGGAUUGAUCGCUGCUCGACUUACCACGCAAAUACUGGAUUCUCAAAAUGCUGGCGGCAUUGUAAGGCUAAAGAAUUACAAGAACAUACAGUACUAUGGUGAGAUUUCAAUCUAUACACCACCACAGGAAUUCACUGUGGUUUUUGAUACAGGGAGCUCUAAUUUGUGGAUACCUUCCGCAAACGUACGUGUUAUUAUCAUUCCAAAUACUCUGCUCGUCGAUCAAGAACAUAUAAAAGCAACUAAGCAGAAAGGUGAUAAUGUUGUUGUUUUGCACAGCAGGAAGAUCUGCUGA